CUUUAUGCGCUUCUGAUAGGUUUGAUUUCUAUUAUUUUAUACCAUUGUCAUACUCAUAGAGAUGGUCCAAGUAAUCUAUGGUUAGAACUCUGAUUAGUAAAAAAAUAAUAGAUUCAUGUUUCACUUUCACCGAUCUACUAUUUAUAACCUCUAAAUACUAGAGAUACAUUUCUUCAGAAGUUCGACGUACAGAUAGAGGCUACUUCGUAUGUAUAAGGUCAAAAAAUAAUGUCUCCUACACCUGAUUCCAACAUCACCGUUGGUCUUGGCACUGCUAUUGUGAAUCUAAAAAAUCAACUACAAUCCAAAUGGAAUUUGGUAUUCGCAAAAAAUAAUGGGUCUGCAUGGAUUUCCUUCAGACCUCAACUUGGGCUUCAUGUGUAUCCCUGUUAUGCGUGUAGAGAUAUGUUUGUCUCAAAAAUUACCUUUCAAGAUCAUACGAAUAGGAGAGCUAUCCUUAUAAAAUAUGAUUGCAGGGAAUGUAACCAGACUUUCAAUUUUUACAAUAGAUGUUCCUUCCUUUUACACGCUCGAAGUCAUUUUUCUCUAACAGAAGGAAAAAUUGAUUUGGGUAAAAUAGAAAUUUAUAAUCUUCCAUUUGGAAUGAUGGGAUUCUUACCACAUCCAGGGGUAAACAAAUUAUUCGACGUAGAAGAAGAUAGAAUUGGAGAAAAUAGUUACAUAAAUGCCCAAUUUUACAGUCCUGAUGCCUCUGAAAGGGGCAAACAAAUAAUAACCUUAAGACCAAAUGAUUUAUUAUUUUGUGCGGCAGGAGAAAAUUCUAUUAUGGUUCAGUUGACACUCCAGCAAAUUAGCAACAAUAUACCUAUGUGUCAAUUUGUUACGAUAGAUUUUCAGAAAAAAUUGAAACAAACUUUUUUUUCUAUAGAAAACUCCACUAUAGUGAAAGAAGAAGAUCCUGAUCCUACAGAUGGUUUAUUAGCUAGUACACCACCAAUAGUUGAAGACUCCAUUCAAUUGCCUGUGAUAUCAAAAAUAGAAUCUUUGAGUAUGGAUGAUUCAACAUAUCCUAGAUGUCCAGAAUGUAAGCAAACACAGAGGUGUUCAAUGAAGAUGCAUAUUAUAGGAAAAAAUAUACCUCUUGAUGAGAAGCUAAAAUGCAAUUUAUGUAAAUAUGUUGCUUCCACAAAGUGUUCAUUUUCUGCUCAUGAAAGAAUUCACUCAAAUAUUCCUCCUUUCAUUUGUCCUGAAUGUGGUAAAAAAUUUGAAUCAAGGGAAUAUUUGAUGAAACAUCUUGAUGAUAUUUGUUUUCAUUUAGCAAAACAAGUGAGAAUAAGAUGCCCUGGAAAAAAAUGUGGAAAGUUGUUUGCAUCAACAACAACAUUUUCUAUACAUUUUGCUCAACAUAUCCACACAUGGAUGCAAUGCUCUGUUUGCAAAGAAUGCUUUGAAAGUGUAAUUGCAUUUUCAGAACAUGCAAAAAUUCAUUCAAAUCUUUGCUUCUCUGAUAAAGUAUUUAAGUGUAUGGGUUGUAAAAAUGAUGGUAGUAUAAUUUAUCAAGAUAAUGUAAAACAGCAUUUGCAUUACCAUUCUGAAGAUCGAAGCAGAUAUAUGUAUGUUUUUGUAUGCAAAUUCUGUAGAAAUUAUUUCAGAUCUACAGCAACCUAUGCUGCACAUUUAUUGAAAUGCCAAAAAAUGCAAGCAAUGAUAAAACAAGGUUAUUCAUAUUCUGUCGACUUUUGUGUACAAUGCCAUAACCGGAUAACUUUUUAUGAUAAUGAAAAUUUUGUUGCAUGUACAAAAUGUAGAUGUAUAAAUUCCUUCAACCAGACGAGUUUCCCUAACACAAAUAUUGCUUUGAACAUACAGAAUAAUGAUCAAAACAAAGUCAAUAUUUGUUUAUUGUGUAAGGAAGAAUAUUUAAGUAGUCAUGAAGCAGAGCAUCUAUCAACAUGUGUUUAUCGAAAUCCACAAAUUAUUGUAAAUAAGCUUCCACAAACAGUUGCAGGACACUUCUUUUCAAAUUCAGAUAUCUCAACUGAUUCUAGUGUUGAAUUUGAAAAUAAUGAAAAUUUAGGUAAAAAGUCAUCCUCAGAAAGUGAUAUCAAGGAAAUACCAAUGGAACCAAGAGGAGCUGGCCAAUCUCCUAAUUCUAAAACGAAAACUUUGUCACCUAGCACACAGGAAGGCUUGAAAAGAAAAAGGAAGAGAGCACCAUUUGUAUUCCGUACAAAAAAAAUUAUUUUAAGUAGUCCUCCAGAAAAAAUUAUUGAUUUACAAGCUGAAGAAGCAAAACCCUUUGACGGGACUUAUUAUUGCAAAAUGUGCGAUUUCCAAGAAAGUGAACGUGAUAACUUUCAUCUUCAUAUUAUUAGUCAUAGGGAUAUUUCAACGGAUUAUCAAUGUAUGGAGUGUGGUGAAUGCUUUGUUGUUAAACCUACUCUAAUUAAACAUCUCAAACAUUACCACAAAAUCGAAGAUACGAAUUCUUAUCUCGAAAGUAAUGACUGUUAUGACAAAAAUGCUGUGGAAGAACUGAAAGAAAUAAUGAAACUUGCUCCAGGUGAAUCUAGGGAACCUGUUCAGGAAAAUCAAUGCAGAGUAUGUUUACAACAAUUUUCUGAUGACCAGGAACUCAAAACACAUUUCAGGGUACAUGGAAUGGCCUUCUUAAUGAAGAAUACACGUGAAAUAGUUUGAAGUUAAUCCAAAUAUUGAAUUUAAUUAUCAUUUGUUUUUGUUAUGUUUUUCCUGUUUAAUAAUUUAUUGAUUGAAAAAACUUCUGUUCCCAAA